CGCCUUAUCACAUGACAGACAAACCACGCCCCUCCCUUGCGUGUUGCUUUGUAUGAUUGACACCUCAGAAUGGAUGAUCACGUGUGCUCUCUGACCCGGAAGUGCAGCGCUGAGGGAGCGAGAGCGAGAGAGUGACAGGAGACCGGAGCCGACUCAGGAGACAACCAUGUUGGUGGGGGAGAGGCGCAAUGGCAACCUUCUGGUACAGCUGGGUCCAAAGCUGCAGGCUCAGCCAGAGGAAUUGCUGCGCCAGAGGUGGAGCCCAGAUGGAUACACAGAGUAUUUAAUUCGCUGGGCUGUGCAGAACCUGGAGGAUGGAGCCAGAGGAAAUGGAGCAGUUUCUCAGACUGAGAGCAAAACUCAGAAUAUCUUGAUGUGGAUGUCUGCUGAGGAGGUGUAUGCCAAUUGCCCCACUCUGCUGGGGAAGCGCAAGCUUGAGGGGUUGGGGGUCCCAGAGGAAAAGGCAUGUGGGGCUCCAGAGGAAGCAGCACUGAUGGAGAUGAGCGAGGACGUUCGGAUGCUGGUACAGAGGGCUGCCAGACAGAUGUCCCACAGCAGCGGCCCUGACUCUUCUAUUCUCAACACCAUUCAUGUACUGAGUGCUUAUGCCAGCAUUGGAUCCCUGGCUGGAGUCUUCAAGGAGACUGGAGCCCUUGAUCUUUUAAUGAAGAUGCUCUGCAACCAGGAGAAACAGAUACGCAAAAAUGCUGGCAAAAUGUUGCGCGCCUUGGCAUCACAUGAUGCAGGAAGCAGGGCUCAUGUCUUGCUGUCUCUCAGUCGCCAGGAUGGGAUAGAACAGCACAUGGACUUUGAGAGUCGUUACACUUUGCUGCAGCUUUUUGCCGAGACCACCAGUUCGGAGGAGCACUGCAUCUCAUUUGAGGGGAUUCACUUGCCUCAGAUUCCUGGGAAGCAGCUUUUCUCCCUGGUGAAGCGAUACCUGUGUGUAACAUCUCUGCUGGACCAACUGAGUACUGACCGCCCUGAUACAGACAAGACAACCCGUCAACGUCGCCAGUUUGACUUUAGCAUGGCAAUGGGAAGCCUCAUCUGUGAGCUUGUGAGGGUCAUGGGAUGGGUCAGUGAACGGACUCCUGACACCAAUAUCCCUAAUGAAGAGACCCAGCCUCGUAUUGUCCGAUCAAUAUUUCAGCCCAAAGCACAGAGCUGUUCCAGCAUCCAAGUAGCUGCUCUGACCUCCUCUCGCCCUUCAGCUCCAAAGAAAAAACAGGCAAAAGAGUUCAUGAGCCCCUCUGAUUUCCCUUCCAGAAAUGCCUAUGUAGAUUAUAUACAGGAGACCCUUAAACCUGGAAUGACGGUCAAGAUGCUGGAGGAUUAUGAUGAGAUCAGUACUGGAGAUGAAGGAGUCUUCCGGCAAAGCAAUAAUGGCAUGCCCCCUGUUCAGGUUAUGUGGCGCUCUACGGGACGUACAUAUUGGGUACACUGGCACAUGGUGGAGAUUAUUGGCUCUGGAGACCAAGCAGAAGAAGACAGCCAAGAAAAGGUGCCCACGUUAACUGAUAGUCUGAAGGUGCCACCAGUGUCCCAGACAUUCCAAUGCAAACCCUUGGGUGGUCUGUACAUGCUUCCUUACCUGGUGGGGGCUUCUUAUGUGGAAACUGCAACUCUCCGACAGGAGGAGUGGUGGCAACUUCUUUUCUUCAUCAAGAGACUGGAAGCUCAGGAGCAGCAGGAGGUUUUGGAAAUCAUAACACAGAACCUGACUGACAAGCCAUCAGAUCUGGAUGAUCUUGCACUCAGUCCAGUGCCCAAGGAGGUGGCUCAGAAGAUCCUCCAGUUUUUAAUCGAUCGUUGCCAGGGUUGUAUUCUCAGCGACCUCCAGAGCUCACAAAUAUAUGUCAAGUACUCCCUACGCACACAGGCUGUAGAGCCACAGAGCUCACACUCAUUUCUCAAAGAAAGCCCUGUGCAGGGAGGACUUCAGUCAAAGAAGGCAAGAGCAGAGGACUCCAACAGCACAGAUAUGCCAGGGACCCAUACUACCACAGCUAAGAUUUCUGACCUCCAGCUUCUAAAUGAUCUUCUCACAUUGGAGGGGCUUCAACAUGCUGACCAGACAGAUAAGAGCAAAGGACAAAGUGGAGGGUUUGGGACAAGUAAAGUGCCGCAGCCUGGGACCUCCCUGGAAAUGUUAGUAGAUAUCCUGGAGAAGGUAAAGCGGAGGGUCUGCGGUGCUGAAAGCCUAGACUUCAUCAUCCAAAUCAUAAAGCAGCAGUCGGGUGAGGAGGCGCAAGCAACAAAAGCAGAUGGGCGUGCCUCUAUCAGAGAGAACCUAGUGAAGAUGCUGGUGGAGCUUCUAACCAGUCAAAUGAAGGACAAACUGCUAGUUGUCACAUGUCUUCAACUGACGUAUAUUUUGAUGGCUAAGUAUGAUUGGAGGGUCCUGUUUGCCACUGAAGGAGGAGUGCGUGCAGUGCUGGGGUGCAUGCAGGAACAUCAGUCUUCAGCAGCAGUCCAACACGCUGGCCUUUCUGUCAUGAAGGUACUGACUGGUGUGGGUAACUGUGAGCUGCAUGGGGGCCCUCGCCGUUACUCCCUAAAUACCUCAGAUGCCCAGGUUAUCAAAGAAAUAUUCACCAGUAUUGGAUCUGCUGCCAGUGGAAACUCGCCCAGCCUUCUGAGGGCCCUUCCUGGGGCUAUUAGUAAAAUGCUGGCAUCCCCAGGAUGUCUGCCAUCUGCAUACAAUGGUCUCCUGGUGGUGCACAUGCUGACAGAGAAUCACAGCGGGCUUCUGGAACAAAUGGUGAACUGUGAUCUUUCAGCUGUCCUACAGAGUUUUGUGGUGGAUCCCAGUGACUCACUGAACUGGAAACUGGAUAUUAUGGUGCAGAAACAGCUGGGGGAGUUGUUAAAGAACAAGCCAGAGGCAGAUUCAGAGGCCACAGAACGUGUGCAGACCCUUGCUGUUCAGGAAAUGGAUUCACCAGCCUUGUUGUGCAGUCUAAAGGACCCACAGUUGUGCAAGGAGCUUCUACCUGCCCUGGAACGGUGUGUUUGUGACAACGUUUCCUCUAUGCGAUGCCAUGUUCCUCAGCUUCUUACAGACUCAGACUUCUUUCUACAGCUCCUGAGCUGCCUGGAGCAAUUAAGGGGAGAGAAACGCCUGCAGCUCUCUGUUUUCAGGAUCCUGAAUAAGGCCCUGGAUUUCUACCAGGAGGAUGGACUUCCCUGGCACAAAAGCAUUGAGCCCUGUUUGACUUCCCUCGGGAGUUCUGGCAGUGACCAGGAGGUUCUGCAGGAAGUGGUCACUUUCCUCAACCGUUUGGCCUCCACAAAUAAAGACUAUGCCGUAGUGAUGUGCCGCCUCGGUGCCAAGGAUAUUCUCAGCAAAGUGCUGGAGAAGCAGAGCUCUGCCCUCCUGCAGGCAAAUGAGCUGAAAGACCUACUGGCCGACUGCGAGAAAUUUGCCAGCCUCUACCAGAAGAUGGCAACCAGCAUCCUUGCAGGGUGUAUCCAGAUGGUUCUGGGGCAGAUUGAAGAGCACAGACGCAACCAGCAGCCAAUCAAUAUCCCUUUCUUUGAUGUGUUUCUGAGAAACCUGUGCCAAGGCUCUAGUGUGGAAGUGAAGGAGGACAAAUGUUGGGAGAAAAUUGAGGUCUCCUCUAACCCUCAUCGAGCUAACAAGCUGACUGAUGGGAACCCCAAAUCUUACUGGGAAUCCAAUGGGAGUACUGGAUCCCACUAUAUGAACAUCUUCAUGCACCGUGGAGUGGUCGUCAGACAGCUGUUCAUGAUUGUGGCCAGUGAAGAUUCCAGUUACAUGCCAGCUCGCCUGGUAGUUAUGGGAGGGGAGAAUGCAUCCUGCAUCAAUACAGAGCUGAAUGCCGUGAACAUUUCCAGCACAGCUGGCCGUGUCCUACUGCUUGAGAAUGUCACUCGCUUCUGGCCCGUCAUCCAGAUCAAGAUCAAGCGCUGCCAGCAGGGUGGAAUUGACACCCGUGUGCGGGGCCUUGAAAUCUUAGGGCCAAAACCAACCUUCUGGCCAGUGUUUAAGGAGCAGCUCUGCCGCCGAACAUUUCUCUUUUACACAAGCAGAGCUCACAGCUGGGGGCAGGAGAUUCGGGAGAAGAGGGAGAAUCUAUUGCAGCUCUUCCGAAGGCUGAACCGCACACUGACGCACGAACAGGAGUUUGCUGAUCGCUUCCUUCCAGAUGAUGAGGCGGCACAGGCUUUGGGUCGGACAUGUUGGGAGGCAUUAAUUGCCCCCCUGGUGCAGAGUGUAACUACCCCAGAUGCUGGAGGGAUGAGCCCCCUGCACUGGCUUCUCACAAAGUAUCUGGACAAUGUACGGCUUUCUAAGCGCCUCAAGUCUCUUUCCUCUGUCUUCAACUCCCGUGUGCGUAGGCUGACGCACCUCCUGGUCCAUGUGGACAUGAGUCUCCCAGACACAGAGGCCCUGAAACCCCCCAGUAAAACCAGUAAGAUGAACACAGAUGAGAAAAGUCCAGAUUCCGCCUCUUCACCAUCAAGGGGCAAUAUUUCUCUCCUGAGCACCAUGACGGGGAUAGCUGAAUGCUGGCAAGGGGUAGUACAGAAGCAGGUCCAGAGGUUCCUGGAGGUGUCAUGGAACAACACGGAUCUGGUUCCUCGGUUCUGCUCUCUGUACCUGGAGCUCAGACAGGCCAUGGAGGAGCUGUUCGGGCAGCAGACCCUUUUUCUUCUGUCUCUCCGCCAAGGAUUCUGUGAGGGGCUCCUGCAGCUCUCCUUCUUAACCGCACUGCAUAUAACCGAGCAAUUUGCUCGCUACAUCGAUUGCAGGAUGCAGGAGAUCCGUACGGAUUAUUAUAACCUGCAGUCGCUUAGUCAGUUGCAACAGUUCCUAGAGUUUGUGCUUUUUAUUUCUGACCUGGAACUGGCUAAUUCCUUUGAACACUUUUACAGGCAUUACCUUGCCGAUCGCCUCCUCUCAUUGGGCCCCUCGUGGUUGGAGAGCUCUGUGGUGGAUCACAUCGGGAUUUGCUUCCCAAACAGAUUUCCCCAACAGAUGCUGAAGAAUCUGCAGGAAGCCGGUGAUCUACAGAGAGAGCAGCAUCUGUUUAGCCUGCAAGAAAUGGACACCAGCCUGCUGUCUGAUGAGGAGGAGGAGGUCAUGGAGGAGGAGGAGGAGUCUAUAGCUAGCCACCAUUUGGGGGAGGAGCCAGUAGUGCACAUUGCAGUCUUGUCCCCACGGUGCUGGGCAAUACCUUCUCUUUGCUACAUGGAGGAUCCUACCAAAUAUUUCACAGAAUCACUCAGCCAGCCACUGAACUGUUUCAAGGACUUUUAUACAAAAAGCCAGUCUCUGCAGGGAUCCGAUCUUUCUCUGAGCCGCAGGUUGCAAUGGACAUGGUUGGGGAAUGCUGAGGUGCAAUAUGGAAGUUUGACCCUCCAAGUUUCAACUCUGCAGAUGUUUGUCUUGCUGCUGUUUAACCAGCGUGAGGAAGUUUCAUAUGAGUCCAUAAUUGAGGCUACUGGCCUGUCCCGGGUCCUUAUAGGUCACGCACUCUCUCCACUCACUGCUAAGGGUGCCAUUCUGACCUACAACCAAGAGGAAGGAUGUCUGCGUGUGAACGGGGAGACAAGGAGUGAACGAUUGGCAGGAAAGGUCCAGCGCUUACUUCCCAGACAGACCUACCUGAACGUGGAGGAAGAUGAGGGGAGGACACUAGAGAGGAAGAGGAACGUUAUCUUUUGCCAGAUUACCCAGAUAAUGAAGGAGGAGAAGGAGCUGCACAUUGAUAACCUGGUGUUCAGGGUGAUUGAAGCCUGUCAGAAAAUGGAGUCUGGCCGAAACCUCAAGUUCCUGAGCUUUGGAUGUAGCCACACUGACGUCCUGUCUUGUAUCAUGCACCUAAUCAGCCAAGGCUACGUGCGGCGAAGUGAGGACAGGCCCCAUAUACUGGAGUAUCUCUCUAAGGACCCAUCCACCCCACAUAAAGGAAAAGCCCAUAUCAGCUUUCAAAGCCCGGGCAGAAAGAGACCAGGUCAUAGCAGCAUUCUCUCCGCUCCAAGCUCCAGUGCAGGGACAGAGCAGGGGGUUCUGGAGACUGUUCUCCUCCCUAUGGGGCGCACCUUAAGCCAGGAGGAAGUAUGGGCACUGAUGUGCCAGACGGUGACCCAAGUUUCCCAGACACUAAGCAUAAGCCCUGAUACAGCUCAGCAUCUGCUCAUUCACUGUAAGUGGAAUGUGGAUCUCCUGCUGCAGAAAUACACAGAAGAACCAGAACUGCUUCUCAUUUCCUCUGGACUACAAGUGCGGGACUCUCAGCAGCCAGAAAGCCCACAGCCUACCUGUCCCGUGUGCGUAAACCCCUUAAACCCAAAAGAAAGUCACCCAACUCUGUGCUGCCAGCACUUAUGCUGCAAGAACUGCUGGAAGGAGUAUCUGACAACUCGAAUUGAACAAAAUUUGGCACUGAACUGCACCUGCCCGACCACAGACUGCCUGGCACAGCCCACAUCUGAAUUCAUCGGUUUGAUCAUUACCUCCAAGGAGGUCAUAGAGAAGUAUGAGAAGACUCUCCUGCGAGGUUUUGUAGAGAACUGUUCCAACCUGACGUGGUGCACAAACCCACAGGGCUGUGACCAGGUCUUGUGUAAGGACGGACUGGGCAGUGGAGCAGCCUGUACCAAGUGCUCCUGGAUCUCCUGCUUUAACUGCAGCUUCCCAGAGGCUCAUUACCCGGCCAGCUGCAGCCACAUGUCUCAAUGGAUGGACGAUGGUGGGUUCUAUGAGGGAAUGACUGUGGAGGCGCAAAGCAAACACCUGACAAAGCUGAUUUCCAAACAUUGCCCCAGCUGCCAGGCACCAAUUGAGAAGAACGAGGGAUGCCUACAUAUGACCUGUGCCAAAUGUAACCAUGGAUUCUGCUGGCGGUGCCUGAAGCCUUGGAAACCGACCCACAAGGAUUAUUACAACUGUUCUGCUAUGGUCAGUAAAGCCGCACGCCAGGAGAAGAGGUUCCAGGAUUACAAUGAGAGAUGUACAUUCCAGCACCGUGCUAAGGACUUUGCAGUCAAUCUGCGCAACCGGCUCAGUGUUCUAAGGGAGGAGCCACCGUUACGCACACUGACCUUCCUGAUCACCGCAUGCAGAGUACUGGAGCAGAGCCGCAAGGUUCUGGGAUACGCCUGUGUGUACAGUUACUACAAUCAGGAUUCGGAGCGUCUGGAUGUGCUGGAAUCUCAGACAGAAAAUCUGGAGCUUCAUGUCAGCGCUCUGCAGAUCCUUCUUGAAAACAGCCUGUUACAGUGUGAGGACUUGGCCUCCUGCGUGAGACUGCUAAGUGCCGAUAAGUACAACAGUGGCCUGGAACUAGUCAGAAGAGUGCAGGAGAGACUGAGGGGCAUCCUACAGCACUCUACCCAGGAUUUCCGUCUGGGGUUCCUGUCCCAGCCUGAUCAGAAAGAAAUUAAACUUUCCAAUGUACCAGCUCCAGUGACAAACCUGCCUGCAGCCAUAAAUGCUGCUGACGGAGCGUCCGACUCGGGGGACACAGCAGGGGAGCAAGAUGAUGAAGAUGGCGAUUAUGUACAGGACUGGCAUGAGGAGUAUGACGAUGACUUGGAUGAAGAUGAUUUCUCUUAUGAUGAAGAUGAUGAGUCUGAGAAUUUUGAGCCUGACUCCUUUAUCUUUGAGGAUGAUGAUGCUCAGGCCUAUUAGCUAUGCCACUAACAGGGUGCGGUUGCUUGCCCCAAAGCUUCCUACUGCUUUACCCCCCAGCCCUCAUACCCCCGGUCCUGCUAUGUUUCAUUACCCUGCCUAUUGCAUAAACCAAUUUUCUUGCCCCCAACACAAGCUUGUUGCCCCAGAGUGCCUCAGAAGUUGUAACAAGUUUGUGGCACAGGGUGGAGUUAAUUACCUAUAAUUCACAGAUUAACGACCCGGCCGGGAAUUCUAUACAUUUAUAUUUAUAAUUAGAAUUAUUUUUAUUAUUAAAUUCUUCUUUGUUUUUCCUGA